AUAUCUUCAAAUUUCCAUGACUAGCGUGACCGGUGACGGAUGAUUGACCAACACGUUCACGAACUUCACUAGCGCUGUACAAGGCAUUGAUCGUUAGAGUGUUUAUAAAACAGGAUCUUCUAUGACGCUUCUUCUGCAUCUUGCCCAUAUCUCCUUUCUCAGGUGCUUUUCUCACACCAACAACACAAGCAUAUCUGGCAUUCAGCAAACUUUGCGCCUUGUACAAGAGAAAAACGGUUCUCUGCAUUGCGAUCGACUGAGACUGAUAUGUAAGUUCAAGAGAAAUGACAAGUCUGUAUCUGUCGAUCGCCUCGAUUCCUUCUCUGUCGAACAAGCUGAGAUUGCUAAAAGAGUCCAAACAUGUUCCGCGUCUCUGCACCCGGAUAUAACUGACCUUUCCUUACCAGACGCGAGUGAUCUUAGUCCAGAGUACUCCACUAUCAAGCUGUUAGAGCUUCCCAAGGAAGUACGACAAAAGCCCUGCCAUGUGACCGACUGCAAGUAGGCUAACAGUCGAACAAGGGCGAAGGCCACGCUGGUCAGAGACAUACAAUCGCAAACAUGUCACACACUUCUUCCAAGACAU